AUGCCUCGCGUAUUCUCUUGGUUACUCGAACACGCACAAGUGUAUAUGGUGCUUGUUCUUGUGAACGUUAGUUCAUAUACCAAAAUAGCCAUCAAAAUCGAAAUCUCGUAUAAAGUUGUGAAAGCAAGAAGUGGGGUAGGCCAUAUUGUUGGUCUAAUUGAAGAUGGCCUUUCUUUCUCUUUUGGUUGGAAUAAGCAUGGGCAACUUGGAACAGAGUCAACCAAAAAUGAGUUUGAAUUAUCUCCAGUACGUUGUCUUAUAAUGGAUGAAAAAGAUGUUUCAUGUGGGGCUGAUUUUACUGUUUGGUUACCUUCCAUUAAAGGCGCUUCGAUACUGUAA